AUGGGAGCCUGGGGAACCGGAUAUUUCGAAAACGACGCCACUCUCGACGCCCUCCCUUAUAUCCUAAAAUCCUCACAACCUUUUAAUCUCGCAAUUCCACCAAUUCUUCAAGAUUCAUUCAAGUCAACAUAUUUAGAAAUCGAUGAAAGUGGGACAAUAAUCAUCAUAGCUAUCAUACUUAUCGCCUUCAAUUCGAAAGAGUGGAUAAUUGACAAUGAGGGGAUUCGGGAGAUGUAUAAGAAGGAGAUCUUGCUGUUUGUCGUGGAUCGUGAGUCGGAAUGGAGGGAUGAAUGGAAUGAUAUGAAGAUUGAAGGGGACGGGAGAGGGAUGGUGGAGAUGGCAUGUGAUUGCUUGGAUGUGGUUUUGAAUGAGAAGAAGAGUGAGAGUAGUGAGCUUUGGAAAGAAUCACUGGAGGAAUUGUUUGAGGAAUGGAAGAAGACGAUUGUGGAUUUGAAGCAAGAGUUGGAAAAAUAUAGAUGA